AUGCCUUCGCCAGGUCCUGUUGCAACUGUUCGUGAUUCCUCAAAUUCCUACUCACGUAGUUCAAAAAGACACCGACAGUCUUCGUCAUCUCGUUCCCGGUCUCCGAUUCCUCGCAAGUCGCUUCAAAAACAUGAUACAUCUGUUCGUCGUCACUAUUCUUCAUCACGCUCCUCCUCACUCGCUUCAAAUACUGGUUCAAGAAAAACUAGUAAGACGAAGGAUGAGGUGACUUUGAGUAAAAAAUCUACAAAUCGCAGAGAUUCGUCAUCAUCUCGUUCUUCUCCAUCUUCAAAUUCUUCUCGGACGCAUAAUAAAGAACUAUCUAAAAAAGACGUCGCAACAAGGGAUAAUCAAUUCGCCUCACAGUCUCAGAAUGUCGAUUUAUUUGGUAAAACGGGAGGAGCUUAUAUCCCUCCUGCUCGUCUUCGCCAGAUGCAGGCGAAAAUUACGGACAAGAAUACUGACGCUUAUCAGAGAAUUGCCUGGGAGGCUUUGAAGAAAUCUAUCCAUGGUCUCAUUAAUAAGGUGAAUGUUUCCAACAUAUCACAAGUUGUUCGCCAACUUCUAAUGGAAAACAUCAUUCGUGGUCGUGGUCUUCUUGUCAAAUCUUUAAUAACUUCCCAAAUGGCUUCUCCCACAUUUACUCACAUCUUUGCAGCACUUAUUGCAAUCAUUAAUACCAAGUUUCCUCAAAUAGGAGAGCUCCUUUUGAAACGAUUAAUCAAUGAAUUUCGUAAGGCUUUCCGCCGUAAUCAAAAGGAUCGCUGUUUGACAACUGGAAGAUUCUUAGCUCAUCUUGUUAAUCAAAAGGUUGCGCAUGAGCUGAUUGUCUUGGAGUUGCUUACGCUUCUCUUGGAACAAACAACUAACGAUUCCGUUGAAGUUUCAGUUGCUCUCCUGAAGGAAUGCGGGGCAUUUCUUUCUCGAGUGGUUCCUAAGGGCUUGGCUGGUAUCUUUGAUCAUCUCAGACGUAUUCUCAACGAGAGCCAAUGCGAUAAGCGUAUCUCUUACAUGAUCGAGGUUCUGCUCCAGAUUCGUCGUGACAAAUGGCGGGAUUACCCAACCGUCAUUCCAGAGUUGGAUCUCAUUGAAGAGGAUGACCAAAUCACGCACACGCUGUCUCUUCUAGAUCAAGUUGACAUAGAGGACGGUCUCAACAUCUAUCGCUUUGAUUCUGAAUACGAGGCAAAUGAGGCCAAGUAUAUUGAGAUUCGUGAAACCUUUCUUGGUGAUGAAAAUUCCGACGAAUCUGGAAGCUCUGGAUCUGAAUCCGGGUCUGAAGAUAGUAAUGACGAAGAAGGUGACGUUCAGGGUCCAGGGGAACAAGAAGGAGGUACAAUUAUCGACCAGACAGAGACCAAUCUUGUCCACUUGCGUCGUACUAUCUAUCUCAUGCUUCAGUCCUCAAUCUCCGCUGAUGAGGGUGCUCAUAGGCUUUUGCAGUUGAAAAUUAAGCCUGGAGAAGAAUAUGAGGUUGCCAGCAUGGUUCUCGAUUGUUGUGCACAGACGCGAUCUUAUGAAACACGAUAUGGAAGUCUUGCUCAACGUCUCUGUCGUGUUAUGCUUUUCUCAGGUGAAAAACCUAAACCUGGAGAGACUAAGCAACAGACGACUCAACCGUCUGAACCACCGAGAACCUAUGUAGCUCAAUUUGAGAAGAUUUUUGGUGAACAGUAUGCCACUAUUCACCGUCUUGAAACGGCGAAGUUAAAGAAUGUAGCAAUGUUCUUUGCUCAUCUUCUCUUUACUGAUUCAAUCUCCUGGGGUGUGCUGGAGUGUGUUAAACUGAAUGAGCGCGACACCUCUUCAUCUGGUCGUAUAUUCCUCAAGUACCUCUUCCAAGAACUCUGUUCUUUCAUGGGACUGGCAAAGCUCCAGGCUAGAUUGAGAGAUGAGACUCUUCAGCCUUUUUUCGUCCAUCUCCUACCCAGAAAUAAUCCAAAGGAUACUCGUUUUGCCAUUAACUUUUUAACUACGAUUGGUUUGGGUGGACUGACGAUUGAUUUGCGUGAGCACUUGCAGGCAACGAAAGCGGCCGGAGAGAAGGCGAAACUGUCAGAAGAUGUUGAAAACUCCUCUUCGGAUUCGGAUUCCGAAUCGUCAAGUUCUUCAGACUCUGAGUCUUCAUCAUCAGACUCUACAAGUUCAACUUCUAGUUCUGGAUCAAGUUCUCACUCUUCUGAGAGUGAAAGUUCAGCAUCAGGUGAAGAACCCCCUCAAAAGAAGAAGAGAAUGGAGAAAAGAAUAAGGGAUAAUGAGCCUGACGGGGAUUUGAACGAGGUUAAUAAACAUCAUUCUGAUUCUCUUGGUGAUUUGAGAGUGAGGGAGAAUGGAGAUAGGCGUGAUAGACAUACUAAGAGACCUGAAUCUAAGAGAGAUCGUCAGGUAUCGCCUGAUGGUGGUCAUGAUCACCGUAAAGGUAGACGACCCACAACACCACUCUCUUCAGCGCCCCUGAAACGUCGACGUGAUUCCCCCAUUUCACCAUCUUUAGAGAGAAUGAUUGGUGGCAAUGAUAAUGAUCGGAACAUAAGAAAUGCCUCCCCUCCAGCUCCUAUGACCAAUCCUUCGCCUCCAAAGGAUAACGGUCGAUCUAAACGACUUGAGCGAGAAUCAUCUCCUGCUUUAGAAAAACGUCGAAGGUAUAACACUCCAACACCACUUCAAGACAGACGCAAAGAAGCUAGUCCUUCAAUCCUUCAGUCUAGACAUUCCAAGCAUCGAGAUAAGAGGCUAGACUCUCCUCAACCACCUAGGAGACGCAGACAAGUGUCUCCCCCUUCGGUUUCUGUCGAGAAGUCUACCUCCCCUAGAAAAAGUAGGCAGCUUUCAUCUCCUUCAAAUGGGAAAUCGCGAAAAGAAGCUCCAACUCCACCGCUGCGUAGAAGUCGGCAAGUGUCUCCUGUUCCCAAAUCACCAAAACGUCGGAAGCCAACUCCUACACCCCUUCGUAGGGGUCGUUUCGAUUCACCACCCAGAGUUGACAAAAGAAGAACGGGGGAUUCUGAACAAGAAAAGAGAAAGAAUUUAUCCCAGACUCCACCUCGUAGAAAUCGAUAUGUUUCUCCACCGAUGGCGCCUCCAGUGAAGGAAAAUUCUGGAAGAUCGGAACGCCGAAGAAUAUCACCAUCUCGUAGAGGUCGAUACGAUUCGCCUCCUGCUAUUGUUAAAAAGAGAACCCCAAGCCCACCUCGCAGAAACCGAUACGCAUCACCCUCACCUAAUGCUAACCAAAAUUCUACAAGUCUUGGAGGCAAACAGGGCUCGUCAUCUCCACGUAGAAGUCGGUAUGACUUACCGACAGCUCCUCGAGAUCGUAAGAAUCGAUAUGCUGCAUCACCGCCUCCACAAAAGUAUUUGCCUUCAGAGUCUUCCAAGCGUCGAAAGGUUAGCCCAUCACCUCUGGUAUCACUGAAGAAUAACAGACAGAGAACAUCGUCCCCACUUCGUAGAAACCGUCUUGCUUCAUCUUCCCCCCUUCAGGAAAAGCUUAAUCCACCUCUAGAUUCCCGUAAAGGUAGAUAUGAUUCUCCUCAUAAAGAUUUAAAGCGAGAUCGUCGCAGAGUUGAUUCACGAGAACGUGGAAAGCGAGAUCGUCAUGAGCGUGAUGCUUCCAAGGAAAGAGAUGAACGACGUCGUCGUCGAAGAGAUGAUUCGGGAGAUGCAAAACAGCGCGGAAAGGAACUCAAGGGUUCUUCGCGCUCUGGAGAGAAAAGAAAUCGGAAUGCUUCUUCGUCAGUGCGUGAACGAUCACCAUUUUAUUGA